GAGAACGAGCAGGACGAGUAGCACUGGAAUGCUUGAAGGCCGUCUCAAGACUGUUCUGAUCUUGGAUGAGGACCAACAGUUGCAGAUUUGAGCCUCUUCUCGAGUGAGGUGAUGGUUAACGCUGCCGCUCAGGUUGGGUAAUGAAAGUGACCAGAACCCCCUCAAGGAUGAGAAGGAGUGCUUAGAUAUGCCAGUUUUCAGAGCCCACGAGAAUGGUUCAUCUGCGUGCGUAUUUAGCAACAAGUUCUGAUGCAUCUUGAAGGCUUGAACCUUCAAUGAGGAUUACAACAGUGGGCACGAGUCCUUCAUUGUAAUUCAAUGUCAUCCUGGAGUAGAAACAAGUGCUGAAGAUUGUGGAAAGGACAGAGAAAUUUCAGCUUGUCCUGGACCUCGGAAGCAUUUAUAAGCAACAGCGAGUGCAAAUUCGAGCGGAAUCCCGAGGCCUAUCCUUGUAGGAGGCCUCGUUCCUGGCCUUUGGCUGGAAAUGUGUAAAGCGUUAAUAGCUUCGGUGAGUGUGACCUUGAGGAGAGCUCGUUCUCGGCCUAGGACAAGCCAGAAAGUUUCCUUGGAAGAUGAGGAGUAAGCGACAAUGGAAAUGGAUUCGAGAGCAGUAUCAUAAGCUAACCUCGUCCUCAUCGCCCGGAUACAACCUCAUGGAACCCUAAGCACCUCGUUUGUGCGUGUGUGUGCCCAGUGUUCAGUGAUAUCCCAGGUGUGGCUGACUCAAGAAAAUGGUGAAACUCAGCCAUAGUCGGUGCUGGCUGCCCGUGGUGUUGGCCGCCAAUCUGUUAAGUGUGACCAUAGAUGGUAGUCAGUCACGCCAUGGACACCGUCGAGGAGGGGGUCCCGAAGAUCAUAACACCCACGUGGGCGUCAAAAAGCAGACCAUCACGAUAGCGGGCAUUUUCCCAAUCACCGGCGUUGAAGGUUGGCAAGGCGGACAGGCGUGUGAACCGGCCGCUCAUUUGGCCUUGGAGGACGUGAACAACUACCCUAAUCUAUUGCCAGGAUAUCAUCUGAAUAUGUAUUGGAACGACUCAGGAUGUGAUGCCGGCAAAGGUGCGGCUGUGAUGUACGACCUACUUUACAGCAAGCCUCAAAAAGUGCUCCUUUUGGCCGGGUGUUCCACAGUGUGCACCACUGUCUCCGAGGCCUCGCAGCUUUUCAACCUCGUCACAGUGUGUUAUGGUGCCUCUUCGCCUGCCCUUUCCAACAGGCAACGUUUUCCUACCUUGUUCCGCACCCAUCCAUCAGCUACAGUUCAUAAUCCAACACGUGUCAGAGUGUUUCAACGCUACAAAUGGUCCCGGAUAUCCAUCAUUCAAGAGGCAGAGGAGGUCUUCAGCACGACCCUGGACGACUUGGAGGCGCGUUGCAAAAAUGCCGGGAUCAAUAUCGAUAUUCGUCAGAGCUUCCUCCGAAAUCCUGAAGCAGCUGUGGCCAAUCUCAAGCGGCAGGAUGCCCGUGUCAUCGUUGGAUUGUUCUAUGCCAAGGCGGCCAGGAAGGUCUUGUGCGAAAUUUACAAACAGAAAAUCUUUGGGCCCAAAUAUGUCUGGUUCUUCAUCGGUUGGUAUGAAGACGAUUGGUUUCGAAAUAAGAAACAUUUGGAGGAGGAGAAUAUCAAUUGUACCGUGAGUCAGAUGACCGAAGCCGCUGAAGGUCAUUUCACCACUGAGGCCUUGCAAUGGAACCAGGAUGACACUGAAACCAUUUCCGGCAAGACUGUUGACGAGUUCGCCGACCAGUUGAAGGGAUUACUCCGAGAUAACCCAAGAUAUGCGAAGAAUGUGGAUAAAGGCAUUAUGCCUGAGGGCUAUUUGGAGGCCCCUUUAGCAUAUGACGCCAUUUGGGCUGUCGCUCUAGCUCUGAAUAGCACCAUGGCCAAGUUGGCAGCCAUGGGUCAGACGAUUGAGGAUUACAACUACGAGAACAAGGAGAUCGGGAACAUUAUCCUGGACCAAUUCGGGGACGUCAAAUUUGACGGAAUCUCCGGUCGCGUGGCCUUCAAUGAGGAUACCGGGGACCGAAUUGCGUGGACCAAAGUGGAACAACUGCAAGAUGCGGUGUAUGAGGUGGUCGCCUUCUACGACCAAAAGACCGACAACAUGAGUUGGGUCAACCCACGAUACGGCGACAUCGAGGACGACAAAGUCAUCUGGAGGGGUGGCAAGGUCCCUCAAGAUCGAACCAUCGUUCAAACAGAGCUGAUGAUGGUCAACCUUUGGCUGUAUGGAGCCAUGGUGUUCCUGGUGAUCUUAGGCUGUGUUUUUGCUGCACUCUUCAUCUAUGUCAACUUCAAAUAUUCUCAUCGGAGAAUCAUCCGUGAUUCCCACCCAUCUUGCAAUAACCUCAUGCUCGUUGGAGUGAUGUUUUGCCUUUUGGCCUUAGUACCUGGAGGAUUGGAUGGUCGCUUUGUCAGUUCAAGUGUCUUUCCCAUAGCGUGUCACUUGGGCACGUGGCUCUUGACCACCGGGUUCUCAUUGUCGUAUGGAGCCAUGUUCAGCAAAAUCUGGAGGGUUCACAGAAUCACCCGGAUGUCCAAAGAAGAUGGGAAAACGGCUGAAGUUGUUCCUUGGAAGCUGUGGCUGGCCGUGGCCUUCCUGUUGUUGAUAGAUGUGAUCCUUCUCACCAUCUGGACCGUGAUUGAUCCUUUAGGCCGAGAAGUCCGGAAUUUUGCCAAAUUGGCCGCACCCAAUCCAGAUGAUGACAUCGAAAUACUGCCCCAAUUGGAACACUGCAAGUCCAAGCACCAUAAAGUCUGGCUUGGAAUCAUUUACGCUUAUAAAGGUCUUCAGCUCAUACUUGGACUCUUCCUUACCUAUGAAACGCGGUCUCAGAAGGUGAAGCAAAUCAAUGACUCCCGUUUAGUGGGAAUGGCUGUUUACAAUGUUGUGAUACUUUGCUCCAUCACUGCGCCCGUCAUGCUUUUAGUUGGUGACCAACAAAAUGCGGCCUUCUGUUUUGUAUCCCUUGCCAACAUUUUUUGUUGUUACCUAUCCAUGGCCUUGAUCUAUGUUCCAAAAAUACUAUUCAUCCGCAAACAUGCCCACGACCCCCGAGAGAAAGAAGAAAGCGAGGUGGUGAAUCGGCAAAUGGAGCAAGAACAUAAGAAAGUCAAUGCCGACAAUGAAGUUCUUAAGAUGUCUCUCAAAGAGCGAGAACAAGAGCUUUCCAUUUUGAGGUUAAGAGUCUCUUCCCUGAAGAAAAAGUCCUCCUCUCAAGGCUCUCCCAGGAACACCAAAAAUGACCUCAAUGGGAAAGCGACCAAGCCCCGAGGCCCACAAGUGUCGUUUAGUAUCACCAAAACGACCGUGACCAUCAACGAGGAUCCAUCAACCAUUUCAGAGGCCAGUCGCCCGACGUCCACCUCGCCCACAACGGGACCCUCGUGCUCUUCGCCUCAAUCGAGCGGUCACACUUACUCAAGUCAUUCUUGUUGCAAUUCUCAGUGUAACCCACCCUCUCGAGCUAACCAUGGCCAGCCUCAAUAUCUUCAAGGGGGCGUGGUCGAGGUUUACCAUCAUGAUUCUCGUUAUUCUAACGGGCACUCGCGGAAGUCAACCAGUUCUGUAGAUUGCGAGGCCGAGCUCUCCCACACAUUUGACACGGAAGAUGAUUAUGAGCCAUUGACAAGAUCUGUGGACCGUCUCAACGGUCAUGUGGAGCGGACAUCCGUGGUCAAAUUUGCCAACCCCAUUGUCGGGAGUUGUAUCAGUGAUUUAGAGAGAUCCGCGAGCCUCAAAGGGAUCACCGUCUUCCGGGGCAAAGUCCCCAAAUCCACUGAUCCACUCUUGAGUGAUGAGCUCUAUGAAUCAUAUUUGUAAUCUUUGUUUGGAAAGGGUGACCAGUUUUGUGAUUACUAAACUUCCUAUUUCUCCUUUAGCAAAGGCUAGAGUUCUGAAACAUCAGAGCUCUGGUCAAACUGUGUGAGUAGAUUGAAUGAAAUGUCCUGGAACUGCCAGAUAGUUCCAGACAAUUUGCUGGCUGCUGACGAAGCUCAAACUCGCCAUUGAAAGAAAUAUAAGCUAAUUCUUAUCCGCAUGAUUCCCCCGCCCCCUACUUCAUGUUCAAUGUGAAACACUUCUCAUAAAGAGAGUGAAUGAUCUCUUUAUUGUUGAAUUUUGAUCGAAUUACAUAAUGCCGAGCUGUGACAGACACCCCGUAGUUAGCGCCUCUUCUAACUUCAAGUUUCCUGAAGACAUCAUACCAUAUUGCCACUUUUAUGCAAAGUGUUCUCAAAGCUCCUCAAUGCCCAUACGCGAAAUAACCAUUGAGAACGUCCCUUCAAAUUUCCUACUAUUCCCAGAUUUGUUCGAAUAAAGCAGUUUGACCAA